AUGGACGAUGCCAUAUCGAACCUUGGAGGCGGCGGCUUGUCUAAACCAUGGCUUGCAAACUUGGCGAAUUGUCUCAAUUAUGCCUUCAGCUUCCUCAUCACUCUUGCUGGUGGUCCGUUGAUCAACAAGAUCGGUAUCAAAUGGUCAUGCUUCAUCGCGGCGCUCUCGAUGCCUCUCGGAGCGUCGUCAUAUUACACGAAUGCAAAGUUCGACAAUGAAUGGUAUCUUCUCACCGCCAAUCUCGUCAAAGGCAUCGCUGGUGGGUUUCUCUACGUUGCCGAGUCCACGGCUAUGAUGUCGUACCCUAGGCUAGAGGAUCGAGGGUUCUACCUAGGCAUAUGGACCGCCAUGCGGAACUCGGGCAGCGUGAUUGGCGGCGCAAUCAAUUUCUCGACAGAUUCCGAGAAAUCGUCAGCAGGUGGGAUCGCCACGUCGACAUACCUGAUCUUUCUUGCCAUCCAGUGUACAGGCGUCAUCUGGGCACUGCUACUAUCACCAACAAGAGUGAUACGACGUCGGGACGGUCAAAAGGUACCAAUGGCUGAGAUGAUCUCGUGGAAACAAGAGUUCAAAGCUCUCUGGCGGUUCAUGCAACGAAGAACGUCUUUGUAUAUGCUUUUGCCCGCCUUCUACUCCUUCUUCUGUGGUGGCACGUUUGGCACCUAUCUAUCACUUCACUUCUCCGUCCGCGCACGAGCUUUGUCGUCCCUUCUUGUCCCGACGAUUGUCAUCCCAUCGGUGCUGCUCUUUGGCAAGUUACUGGAUGCUCAGUGGAUCCCACGACAGCGCCGCGCCUGGCUUUCCUUCCUCUUAUGGGCUGUCCCACAGGGUGGAUGCUUGAUCUGGGUCGCCGUUGAGUACAAGAUACUCGGAUCCAAGACAGCUUUGGACUACGAGCUAAACACCACACCAUGGGCUAGGGCUUACAUGCCAUAUCUCAUCAUGUUCGUGGGGUGCUACUGGACACAGCUCUCAUUGUACUGGAUCCUCAGCGCAACCUCCCGAGAUGUUAAGGAGUCCGCGCGCGCGGGUGGUAUGUUCCGUGCUGCUGAAACGGCGGGUCAGGCAAUAUCCUACGGUCUCAGCUCUGCCAGCGGCAUCGCUGUAACGAUCCCGCUUUACGUCCAUUGUGGCAUCUGGAUUUUGACCAUGCCCUCCAUGGUCAUGCUGAUCCAUUCAAUGCCGGCAGAAUCGUCGACCGAGAUCAAUGGUCUUGACAGAGUGGAUGAGAUUGAGGGAGUCAGAGACGCUCAGAUAGCCAAAGUGUGA